AUGAACGCUACCAAACGAAAGUUCAAUGCCCUGAUCCAGGGGAUGGGCAGGUCGUCGACGUCGACCAAGUCCAGCGAUGACUUUUCCAGUCUACCGGCCGAAUCUCCUCGCCCUUCGACGACGUCCCUGCCAGCCUCGACCGCGAGCACAUCGAACACGACGAACACGAAUACGGAUUCAAACGCCAAGAUGCCCUUGUCGAUAGAAGAGGAUAUCCUGCUGAAGCGCCGGCGCCUGCAGGCCUUGACGGAGAGGGCCACCAUCAAGAACACCACAACCGGCGUUGCCGCGACAAAGGUAUCGAAUGUCGUCCUGAAAAAAUGGACGCCCAACUCCAAGGAGACAGUCGUCCAGGUCUCGUCAAAAUACGCCCCGACCGAUCGAAACGAGCUCCUCAAGAGGCUAGCAAGCUUUCAAGAGAUUACGGACUGGACGCCAAAGCCAGACAGGGUCAACGAGAUCGAAUGGGCGAAGAGGGGCUGGGUGUGCCAGGGAAAGGAUCGUGUGCGCUGUUCGCUCUGCAACAAGGAGCUUGUCGUCAAGCUUAACAAGCGUGAGGUCGACGGCAAGGAAGUGCCCGUACUGGUCGCUUCCGACGUUGAGGAAGCCUUGGUGGAGAAGUACUCCGACUUGAUUGUUACAGCACAUCUUGAUCAGUGUCUUUGGAGGAGACGGGGAUGCGACGAUUCAUUGCUGCGACUGUCUCUCACGAACGCCAAGUUGAGCAUGGAGGCGCUGCGACAAAGAUACGACGAGCUCUGCGCCAGGAAAUCGUUCUUGCCGUAUGAGUUCAACCUAAGGCUUCCCGAAGGCUUGAACAUCGACAGCGUUCUUGCUCAACUGCCAGAGGAUUUCUUCACAAACCCGCCGCCCGCCAAGGAUUCGCCAGACCCCAAGCGGCCCAACAAGGUCGCUCUCGCCCUUGCUAUGACAGGCUGGCAAGGUCUGACAAACCCUCGUAUUGGUGCUGUACCAAACUCCGCCUCGUGUCACACGUGCCUGCGAAGACUUGGCCUGUGGAUGUUCAAGAGCAAGGAGGUGAAUGCCGACGGCGAGGUCCUCGUCCCCGCACCAAUGGACCACCUCGAUCCCAUCAGGGAGCAUCGCUUUUUCUGCCCCUGGAAGAACCCGGUCGCACAACGCCUCAGCACCGCUAAGCCAGGAUCCGAGUCGGACAUGGCGGCGUGGAAGUGCUUAGCGCAGGUGCUUAAGAACGACGCCUAUCUACGUGGAGCUCUCGACGACCGCCCAAAGAAUAAGUCUUGGCACAACAGAGGCGCGUCAGUACCUUCCACACCUGUUCGUAAAGGUGGCGGCGCACCCACGACCCCGGGCGGACCAUACGACUCUCCCAGUGCGGCUACGGAACCAGCUGGCAAAGAUGACGAAAAGUCCCGAGACGCAAAGGACAAGGAGCGGUGGGCUCGCUUGCGGAGAGUCAAGAGUCUGUUCGAGUCGAAGAAUGCGAAGAAGAUCCGUAGAACGCUUAGUAGGCCGGGAACGGCGCGUUCGACUGCAUCGGCAGCGACGGUGGCCACGGCGGCUACCGCUGCUACAACGGGGCAAGAAAAGGAGACUGAGAAGGCUUGA